AUGCCAUGGCAGACGCCGAUUCUGUCCUCCUCCUCCCUCCGAUCCCUUCUCAACGCCACCAAAUCCCUCCCUCAGAUUGCCCAGAUCCACCAGCACCUCGCAGCCUGUGGCCUUUACGCAGAUCCAUCCGUCGCCACGAAGCUCCUCCAGCUCUAUGCCGACGCUGGCGACCUCCCGUCCGCACUCCGCCUCUUCGCUGUCAUCCCCUCCCCUUCCGUCUUCGCAUGGACGCCCAUCCUCGCCCUCCUCUCCCGCUCCUCCCUCCAUCGUCGUUGCCUUUCGUCCUACCGCUCUAUGCGUUCCGCCGCAGUCGCCCCCGAUGGCUAUGUCUUCCCCCUCGUCCUCCGCUCAGCCGCCUCCGCCCACGGCCAGAGCCGCCACCUUGCCGCCUUCCACGCUGAGGCAUUCAAGUUCGCCGCGGAAGCCGUUCUCUCCGUCACCAGCGCCCUGAUCGACGCCUACUCCAAAGCCGGCGACCUCAUUUCCGCCCGCCGCGCCUUCGACGUCGCGGGGGCCCGCGAUCUCCUCUCCUGGAACUGCAUCAUCGCGGCCCACGCUUCCGUGGGCCUGCUCAAGGAAGCACUGGCCCUGCUCGACUUCAUGAUAUCAGACGGCUGCGAUCCCGACCUGGUGACGUGGAACACCUUGAUGGACGGCUACUGCCGUGCCGGCCGUUGCGCCGAGGCCCGUGCAAUCCUCCACCAGCUUGCCCGGCCCAACGCGAUAUCGUGGACGACGGUGAUCGUGGGCUACGCCCGCAGCGGGAAUCACGAGGCAUCUCUGGAGAUCUUCAGCCGCAUGAUGCACGCAGGGAGUGUCCUGCCGGACCUGGAUACCUUAUCCUGCGCGGCCGCCUCCUGUCGCCACGUGGCAGACGUGUCGGCAGGCCGGGCGGUGCACGCUUACGGGGUGAAGACGAACGACGUCGGCGCAUUCUACGGCUCCGCUGGAGCAGCGCUGCUCUUGUUGUACGCCGGGAGCAGUCGGACGGCGGCGGCGAGAUCGGUGUUCGAGUUGAUGGAUCCCACGGAUGUGGUGACGUGGAACGCCGUGGUCCAAGGGUUGGCUCUAUGUGGACGGCGCUUGGCGGCGCUGGAGCACUUUAGGGUGAUGAUGUCACGAGGCAUAGGAUGGAAUCACGCCACGCUGUCCAAUUUGCUUCCCUUGUGCGACUUGAAGCACGGGGAGGAAGUCCACGCUCAUGUCAUCAAGCACAAUAAUGGAGGAUGCAUCGUAACUGAGAUGAACGCACUGAUCGAUAUGUAUGCGAGAUCGGGAUGCAUUCGGGCCGCACGCAGAGUGUUCUCGAGCAUGGACGGCAAGGAUGUGGCGACGUGGAACACAAUGAUCAGCGGGUUCGGGUCCCACGGGUUGGGGGAGCAAGCGAUCGAGCUUGUGACCCGCAUGGUUCAGCUCGGGUUCAAACCGAAUGCGAUGACAUUGACCAGCACGCUUAUGGCAUGUGCCCAAUGUGGGCUAGUCGAUGAGGGGAUUGAGCUCUUUGGGACCAUGCCUCGGGAAUUUCGAUUUUCACCAGGUGAGGAGCAUUAUGCUUGUGCAGUGGAUAUGCUUGCUCGGGCUGGACAGUUCACUGAGGCCGGUAGACUGGCUGGAAAAAUGCCGACGGCAAGGGUAUGGGGGGUGAUGCUAGCGUCGUGCCGGACACAUCAAAAUGUGGAGUUUGGCAGGAUGGCUUUUGAGGAACUUGUCCGAUUGGAACCAGGAAACCCGGGGAAUUAUGUCACAAUGUCGAAUAUAUAUGCGAGAGCAGGUAGGUGGAAUGAUGCUGAGAGGGUGAGGGGGAUGAUGGAGAAGGAAGAGUUGAUGAAGAAGCCAUCUGGGCAUAGUUGGAUUGAGGUAGCUUGAGAUUUGUUGUACUAAAAUUGUUUUCUAUAGCCGUGUGAAGAAGAUUGGAAAUAAUAAAAUUAGAAAUUGUUGGGGAAGAACUUAUAAGACAAGUGUUUGAAAUAAA